AUGUCGUGGAUUCCCAAGUCGCGCAGGCUGCCACUGCUGGCGGUGGUGCUGGUGAUUCUGGGCCUCUACACGCUUUCAACACACUGGUCGCAGACAUCAUCCACACCCACCUUCACAAGUCAGGCCGCAGGGACGUCCAGCGGCGCUCCCAGCAGGACGGCGGAUGGCUGGCUUUUCGUCGCUGACCGCGAUCGGGACAAUCACUCGCUCACGCUUGAGCAAUGCUCCGCCGCAUUUCCGGACUUGUACAAAGAGAUUGAUCGAUCGCGUGCUUUUUGGAAGGCGCGGCAGGGAAACAAGAAGUUGACAGAGAAGCAAUGGGGCUUGGAGUGGAGCGCAGACGGUGGACUACGUGCGAUGAUCUGGGAGCAGAAGCUGUACAUCAUCGAGUCUCGCGGCCUGAAUCACUUCUUGCACUGGAAGGAGCGAUCACAUGCAACGCUCCAUGCGCUGCAGCGGGCCAUUAUAGGCUCGAGGGAGCCGAUACCCAAUAUCGAAUUCAGCAUCAAAAUCAACGACAACAUCGAGCUGACAGAGGAACAUCCGGACACGACCGUGUGGAACUUCAACCGCAAUGUGACGGACAAAACCAUGGAGCAGGUGUGGUUGAUCCCGGACUUCAAUUUUUGGGCAUAUCCGCGAGUGGCAGGAUCUUACGGGGACUAUCAACGCCAGGCCAUAGAGAUCGGAAAGGAUUACGAUUCGAAAAGACCGCAACUGGUCUGGCGAGGCACAACAGAUUUCAACCCGGAGAUUCGGGUGAAGUUGAUUGAACAAAGCAAGGACAAGGCAUGGUCAGAUGUGCAUAGAGUUGCAGAAGACGUGUCGGAUGAGGAGGCGACGAAAUGGCGGAUUACCAUGCCUGACCAUUGCAAAUACAAGUUUGCYGUUCAUACAGAAGGCACAACAUGGUCUGGAAGAUUGAAGUAUCUGCUCAGCUGCCAUUCUACAAUCAUAAUCCACCCCCUGACAUUUACGACCCAUCUCUACCAUCUGUUGGAGCCAAGCGGGCCAAAUCAGAAUUACGUCCAGGUCCGAAAAGACUGGACUGAUCUGCCAGAAACGAUGGACGCGCUACUCGCGGACAACAACAACGCGAAACGUAUCGCGGACAAUGCAGCCGCCAAGUUUCGAGAUCAGUACUUCACGCCAGCAGCACAGACAUGUUAUUUCCGACAACUGUUCAGAGUAUGGUCAGAGAUGACCCCGGUACCCGAUCCUUGGGGUUAUGAGCAUGUCUCAGGCGGCGGUACUGAAAAGAUCUGGCGCGGUAUGACCUAUGAGGAAUAUGUAUUCCACGAUAAAGGUUACAAUGAUCUUCAUGAGGGGUGA